AUGGGAAAAAAGAAGGCAAAUCAACUUGGGCGAUCACUGAUCAAAGAUCGAUUUGGUCAUGGGAAUCGCAAGACAGUGGCUGACGGUAGCAUGCUUCACACAACCGAAGUACAGGAUGGAUACGACUGGGGUCGUUUGAAUUUGCAAUCCGUCACGGAAGAGUCUUCGUUCCAAGAGUUUCUCCGGACAGCCGAACUUGCCGGUACCGAAUUUCAGGCCGAAAAGCUUAAUAUAACGUAUGUCAAUCCAAAGUCCAAGGUGGGCCUACUGACCACGAAUGAACGAGUGGAAAUAAUCAAAAAGCAGGUCGACAUGAAGGAUUUGCUCAAAAUUCCACGUCGUCCAAAGUGGACCAAGGAAACGACUGCGGAAGAAUUACUACUUGCGGAAAAUGCAUCCUUUCUCGAGUGGCGCCGUGGUUUGGUAGCACUGCAGGAGCAGGACAAUAUGUUGAUGACACCGUACGAGAAAAAUCUCGACUUCUGGCGGCAAUUGUGGCGUGUGGUGGAACGUAGUGAUAUCGUGGUGCAGAUCGUUGAUGCGCGAAAUCCACUACUAUUUCGCACGGAAGAUCUUGAGAAAUACGUGCAGGAGGUGGACCCAAACAAGAUGAACAUGAUAUUGAUCAACAAGUCGGACUUUUUGACGGCAGAACAACGGGUGCAAUGGGCCAAGUAUUUCGACGGCCAGGAUAUUCGUGUCGCGUUCUAUUCGGCCGUACUAGCUGCGGAGGAAGCUAAAAGAGAGCAAGACGAUACUGCCUCCCCGAGUGAUGAAUUAGAAGACGAAGAAGAACGGGAGGUUAAAGAGCGAUUGGGUAAUUUAAAGAUGUCCGUGGACAAAGCGGAAAAAACGCUGGAAACAAUCGAAGAACGAAUUGAAGAUUUGACACGCGAGGAAACCUCGGCCGGGAGCAUAAAAAAUAGUUCCAAGCUACUCACAAAUGCAGAGCUAAUUUCACUCUUCAAAAGUCUCCACCGUGCGGAACGUGUCACGAAGGGUAUCGUGACGGUGGGACUGGUCGGUUACCCGAACGUAGGCAAAAGCAGUACUAUUAAUGCCGUGUUCCUGGAGAAAAAGGUAUCCGUUUCGGCAACACCCGGCAAAACGAAACAUUUCCAAACACUGUACGUCGACUGCGAGCUUAUGUUUUGCGAUUGUCCCGGGUUGGUAAUGCCAAGUUUCUGUAUCACGAAAGCGGACAUGAUACUGAACGGUAUCUUACCGAUCGAUCAAAUGCGCGAUCACGUACCACCUGUGAAUUUGUUGUGCACGCUCAUUCCACGCCACAUACUCGAGGAUACGUACGGCAUUAUGAUUUCGAAACCACUCGAAGGAGAGGAUCCCAACCGGGCGCCGUAUUCCGAGGAACUACUCUUAGCUUUCGCUUAUAAUCGAGGUUUUAUGACGGCCAACGGGCAGCCGGAUCAAUCGCGCGGUUCACGCUACGUGCUGAAGGAUUACGUCAAUGGGAAACUGCUGUAUUGCUACGCUCCGCCCGGCAUUGGCCAGCAGGAGUUCCACUGUUUUCCCGCCCGAAAGAAGGAAGAGGUUGACAUUAAAUUGCUUCCACCCAGGCAGCAGCGUGCAAUGAAGAUGAAUUUGAAAAAGUCCAGCACAGACGUUGAUGAACAGUUCUUCAAAGAGCGGGCGUCACAUGGUCUAAUCAAAGGGCGUAGCGAUUUUCCAAACGUGCGGCCCAUCGGUCCACAGGGUUCGGCCGAAACGCUCACAUCCACUGACGGUGUUAUCGUAGCCGGGAAACCGUGGAAGCACCAGAAGCGUGAGAAGCGCGAAAAGCUCCGACGCAAAUACGCGCAUUUAGAUCAACAUUAG